AUGGGGACCGCAGCGGCCGCAGCGGCGGCGGCGGCGGCGGCCGGGGAGGGGGCGCGCAGCCCGAGCCCCGCCGCCGUGUCGCUGGGCCUGGGCGUGGCCGUCGUGUCGAGCCUGGUGAACGGGUCCACGUUCGUGCUGCAGAAGAAGGGCAUCGUGCGCGCCAAGCGGCGAGGUACCUCCUAUCUAACCGACAUUGUGUGGUGGGCUGGCACGAUUGCAAUGGCUGUUGGCCAGAUUGGGAACUUCCUGGCUUACACUGCAGUUCCCACAGUCCUGGUGACUCCCCUGGGUGCCCUUGGAGUGCCAUUUGGGUCCAUUUUAGCUUCUUAUCUUCUGAAGGAAAAGCUCAACAUCUUAGGCAAGUUGGGAUGUCUGCUGAGCUGUGCAGGUUCUGUUGUGCUGAUUAUUCACUCCCCGAAGUCCGAGAGUGUCACCACGCAGGCUGAGCUGGAGGAGAAGCUGACCAAUCCAGUGUUCGUGGGCUACCUCUGCAUUGUGCUGCUCAUGCUGCUGCUGCUGAUCUUUUGGAUUGCGCCGGCCCAUGGACCCACCAACAUCAUGGUCUAUAUCAGCAUCUGCUCCUUGCUGGGGAGUUUCACUGUGCCAUCUACCAAGGGCAUCGGACUGGCAGCUCAGGACAUCUUACACAACAACCCAUCCAGUCAGAGAGCCCUGUGCCUGUGCUUGGUGCUCUUGGCUGUGCUGGGCUGUAGCAUCAUCGUCCAGUUCAGGUACAUCAACAAGGCACUGGAGUGCUUCGAUUCCUCUGUGUUUGGAGCCAUCUACUAUGUGGUGUUCACCACAUUGGUCCUGCUGGCCUCCGCUAUCCUCUUCCGGGAAUGGAGCAACGUGGGGCUAGUUGACUUUUUGGGCAUGGCCUGUGGAUUCACAACUGUCUCUGUGGGGAUUGUCUUGAUCCAGGUGUUUAAAGAGUUCAAUUUCAACCUGGGAGAGAUGAACAAAUCUAAUAUGAAAACAGACUAGGAGGCAAGCCAGGGGGUUGGGGGGGGGGCGUCGGGAAUGGGGGUUCUUGAGGAACAGGCCUUGAGGCUGGUCUUGGGUCUUCGUUGGAUGUAAAGUAGAAGAAACGUUCAAUCUCUGUGUACUAGUGGUGGUCUAAUAGACAAUAGGGAGUCUGGCUCAACACCAGGACACAAACCCCAUCCCUUUGCAGCCCCAAGAUUCCAGUGGUUGCCUUGGGUAUCAUCUCUAUUUGAUAAGAUCACUUUCAUUUUCAUUAACCCGGAAGCUUUCAUGACUACUCUUUCCUUUGGAAACAUUUUUUUUUUUACAUGAUUUAAUCGGAACAUGAAGAUGAGCUCUUUUUUCAUUAGUCUUUGCAGGAAGGCAGGUGUUCUGACUUACAGGAUGACUUUGGGAAUGGGGGAAGAAAUGUCGACAUCUGGCUGUGUAUAGUAAAUAUGACUGAACUUGUUUGUGUUAGUUUGCACUAAGCAUGUAAUAACCUUCACAUACCUCAUCCCAAGAAGAGGUAUAUGCAUUGAAUUGUUUUUAAUUCUCUGAACAAACGGACUCUCUCUUUCACCCUAACACAUCGUAAAAGCAAGUAGAGAGAGAAGAGGUAAGGAAUGUGACGCAGUGUUCCAUUGGCGGGAUGACUUUUCAAUAGCUCAAAUCAAUUUCAGUGCCUUUAUCACUUGAAUUACUUUGACUAUUUCUGUGUGUGUACGUUUUCUUAGAUUAAUGCCACUUCCUUGGUUAGACCUUACUAUUUCAGUGUUCAAAUGACAAAUAUGUAAAGCAGUUAGAAAUAAGACUCAUUGGAAGAUAAU